AUGCCUUAUAUCAGGAGCCCAAUCGAAUUGAGAUCGGUCACAGCUCAUAUGUUGCAAGGCGCAGAUCUCAUUGCCAUGAACCUGAGAGACCUGCUCGAAAGUGUUGAAAGAAUGCUUUUUAACAAUUAUGACCACUUCCGUAAUCCGUUAACUAAGCAUAUGGCACUAUCCUCGCACGAGCUACUUGAGCUCUAUUUCAGUAUUCACGAAGCUCUGGUCUCUGUUCGCCAGAUUAUCGAAGCUCAUCGCUCCCAGCUAAGGCUCGUUGACCACUUCCUUGAAGGUUUGAUGUGGCCAGGGUGUGAGAGCGAUGAGGUUUCUGAAUUUUAUGACGUUUUUGGUGAAGAUGGGGAUGAGGUAGGAAAUUAG